GAAGCUGCUGCUGCCGCGGAAGCCGAGCCUCUUCCAGUACACGGCAGCCGCCACCGCGGCCGCCACCUCCUCCUUCCCCUCGAGCCGCACCCCCUCGCGGUGGGAGCGAGUAAACAGGCGGCGCGGCCACAGCUGAGCCUCAGGGGACCUAAGCGGGCUACUGGGAGGAGGGAGCGGCCGGGUGGGGGCGGGGCCGAGGAGGCCCGAGAACAGCCGAGUCGGCCCGAGCGCCGCCGAGCGAGCCCGAGGCGCCGGGCCAGGCCGGAGCCGGACUACGGGAGCCGACGCGGGCCGCGCGGUGGGCGCGGAGCGGCGCGGCAGGCCGGGCGGGCGGCAGCAGCAGCGGAGGAGGCCGCGAAGGCGGGUUCGAGUGGCGGAGGCGGCGCGGGCGGCGGCAGGGGGCCGGGUGGCCGGGGUCCCGGGCCCCGCAGCGGCGGCAGCGGCGGCGGCGGCAGGAUGAUCAAGCUGUUCUCGCUGAAGCAGCAGAAGAAGGAGGAGGAGUCGGCGGGCGGCACCAAGGGCAGCAGCAAGAAGGCGUCGGCUGCGCAGCUGCGGAUCCAGAAGGACAUAAACGAGCUGAACCUGCCCAAGACGUGUGACAUCAGCUUCUCAGAUCCAGACGAUCUCCUCAACUUCAAGCUGGUUAUCUGUCCUGAUGAGGGCUUCUACAAGAGUGGGAAGUUUGUGUUCAGUUUUAAGGUGGGCCAGGGUUACCCACAUGAUCCCCCCAAGGUGAAGUGUGAGACAAUGGUCUAUCAUCCCAACAUUGACCUCGAGGGCAACGUCUGCCUCAACAUCCUCAGAGAGGACUGGAAGCCAGUCCUUACGAUAAACUCCAUAAUUUAUGGCCUGCAGUAUCUCUUCUUGGAGCCCAACCCCGAAGACCCACUGAACAAGGAGGCCGCUGAGGUCCUGCAGAACAACCGGCGGCUGUUUGAGCAGAACGUGCAGCGCUCCAUGCGAGGUGGCUAUAUCGGCUCCACCUACUUCGAGCGCUGCCUGAAAUAGGGUUGGCGCACACCCACCCCUGCCAGGGCCACCAGCCCCGGCGUCCCCUGCAAAUAUUUAUUGGGGGCCACAGGUGGGGGGCAUGGGGUGGCCGGUGGGGGAAUCCCAUGCCCUGGCCUUGCCUCCCCUCCCUGCCACCCGCUCCUAGUUAUUAUUUUUUAACCACCAUGUGAUUAAGGUCGGCGCUGCCUCCCCCGACCCGCUCAGCAAUGGGAAAUGAAUUGGCUUGUCUAGCCCCCAGCUGGGUGCUGUCCAGCCCCCCACUCUGGGCUCUGGGGUGGGUGGCUAAGGGGACUGGGUGGCUGGGGCUCGGGCACUCCACCCCUCCACCACUGGAGGUCCCACCAGGCUAUUAAAGGGGAAUGUUACUGCA